GGCAGCAGUAGAGCACAGCAAUAAAAGGCGGCGCGUCCCUCCUCGGUCAUCAGUUUGAGAUCUUCUUCAGCCACAGAAACAUGUCUCUCAAGGUCAUCCUGCUGUCCGCCCUUGUGGCCGCCGCCCUCGCUCGCCCCGACAACAUCCCACCCUCUUACGGUCCCCCCGCCCCAUCUUACCACGCCCCCACGCCCUCCUACCACGCCCCCGCCGCCGAGGCGCCGCCCAAGUACGACUUCAACUACGCCGUCAAGGACGAAUACUCGAGUAACGACUUCGGUGCCCAGGAGGCCCGCGACGGCUACGACACCCAGGGCUCCUACUACGUCCUCCUCCCCGACGGCCGCCUCCAGCGCGUCUCCUACACCGUCAACGGCGACUCCGGCUUCGUGGCCGAGGUCACCUAUGAGGGUGAGGCCCAGUACCCCCAGCAGAGCUACGGCGCCCCAGCCCCCUCCUACGGCAAACCCGCUCCCUCCUACCAGUAAUGUCCGCGCAAAGCUACGGUCCCUCCCUGACCCCAUCCUGUUGAGCCUAGACUGCUUCCUAGGGCAUCCAUGUCCCUCCUAAGCCACCCCACCCCUCUUAUAGAACGGCUCCUAUACUCCAGCCACCUGGCGACCCUGUGGUUUCAUCUGUGAUGGCUAUUUAUUAAAUGAAAUAUGAUCUCUG